AUGGCUUCACUCCCGUUCUCAGAGGCUCCCUGGCUUACCGGUGUCCCGUCCCCAUACUACAAUGCGUCUCAUCGCAAAUGGCAAGAGACUUGCCGGUCGUUUAUCAGUGGGUACUUCAAAGACGGACUGCAAUGGCAGCAGGAAGGCACUGCGCCCUCUGGGUUAUUUUCGGCUUUUGCCAAAGCAGGGUUCAUUGUGCCAUGCCUUCCAGCCCCGCUGCCAGUCAAGCAGCUCGAGGCAGCUGGUAUCACAGAACUGCCAGGAGGAUUAAAAAUUCGGGACUUUGACUAUUUUCAUUAUCUUAUUUACACUGCGGAGCUGUACCACUGUGGACUAUGGGGUCCAGCUUCUGUCGUCAUUCCGGGGAUUGCUUUUGGCGUCCCACCGAUAUAUAACUUUGGAAGCCAGGAGCUACAGAAUCGACUUCUGCCCGACUUGCUGAACGGCCGUACAAGAUCUUGCAUCGCCAUCACCGAGCCAAGCGGGGGCUCUGAUGUUGCCAAUCUUGAGACCACGGCUGUCAAGACGCCAGACGGGAAACAUUACCUAGGUAGGAUCUCGACCGGCAUCUGGGCCGACUAUGCGACGACUGGCGUCAGAACAGGAGGCCCCGGAGCUGCAGGACUGUCACUGCUUGUAAUCCCUCUUAAAAACACCCCCGGUGUGAGCUGCCGCAAGAUGGAAAUAUCUGGCGGUGGUAUCGGAGGCACAACGUAUAUUACUUUCGAGGAUGUUCUCGUUGAUGCGAACAACCUCUUGGGCACCGAGGGACAAGGCUUCAAGUAUAUCCUGACCAACUUCAACCACGAGAGACUUAGUCUCGCGAUCAGUGCAACCAUGCAGUCCAGAAAGCUUCUCGGCACUGCUUUCGACUACGUCAUGAAGCGGGAAGCAUUUGGCAAGACUUUGAUCGACCAGCCAAUAGUCCGACAUCGGCUCGCAACAGCGGGAGCCGACCUCGAGGCACAAUGGUCCUGGAUCGAGCAAAUCACAUAUGCGAUGAAUACGCUGCCAAAGAAAGAAGCUGACAGACUGCUUGGAGGCCAAACAGCCCUCGCCAAAGUAAGGGCGGGGAAGCUGUACGCCCUGUGUGCGGAGCAGGCGCAGUUGCUGCUUGGCGGAAAUAGCGUCACGCAAACUGGACAAGGUCAGCUAGUUGAGAUGAUUUCGCGCGAGGUGUAUCUGACACGUGUGCCUGGAGGUUCAGAAGACAUCCUUCUCGACUUGGCUGUCAGGCAGUUGUUGAAGCUUUACAAGGAGGAAAUCAAAGCCCUAGCUGCUUCUUCAAAACUGUAA